CAGUAUCCAGCUGUGUGUUUGUGAGGAGUGACUGGUCCAGAAACAGACCUUCUACCUUCAGUCAUGGACCUGCACCAACAAUGGUCUUCAAUCAUGGAGCUCAGCUGACCAUGGGUCAGAGGUCACAGUCUCCAGUAUCCAGCUGUGUGUCUGUGAGGAGUGACGGGUCCAGAAACAGACCUCCAGACUUCAGUCAUGGACCUGCAGCAACAAUGGUCUUCCAUCAUGGAGCUCAGCUGACCAUGGGUCAGAGGUCACAGUCUCCAGUAUCCAGCUGUGUGUCUGUGAGGAGUGACUGGUCCAAAGACAGACCUCCAGACUUCAGUCAUGAACCUGCAGCAACAAUAGUCUUCAAUCAUGGAGCUCAGCUGACCAUAGGGAGGAAGAGGAAGAGGAGUGGUGUUUGUGAGGAGGAGCAGCUGUCCUGCUGUGCUUUGUGUCAGGACGUCCUGAAGGAUCCAGUCUCUACCAGCUGUGGACACUGGUUCUGCAGACAGUGCAUCUCCUCAUACUGGGACCAGUCUGCUUCAUCAGGACACUCCUCCUGUCCCCAGUGUGGAGAAAGAUCCAGAACCAGAGCUGGACUGCAGACGGCCAGUCAGAGCAGCUGUAUACAAACAGAUGUUGGUCUGCAGGAGGUUUUAGAUGAACAUAAGAUCAGUCUGAGGAGGAGAUGUGAAAGUGUGACUGAAGGAAGUGAUGAAACAGGAAGUAGAACCCUCCUCAACAGGAUCUACACUGAGCUCUACAUCACAGAGGGACAGAGUGAAGAGGUUCAUACCCAACAUGAGGUGAGGCAGCUGGAGACAGCUUCCAAGAUGGACGCCCUCCAUGACACUCCAAUCAGGUGCCAGGACAUCUUUAAAGCCUUACCUGACCAACAGAGACCCAUCAGAGUGGUUCUGACCAACGGCGUCGCUGGUGUUGGAAAAACCUUCUCAGUGCAGAAGUUCACUCUGGACUGGGCAGAGGGCUUGGAGAACCAACACAUCAGUGCGGUGGUUCUGCUUUCAUUCAGGGAGCUGAACUUGGUCAGGGAUGAGCAGUACAGUCUCCUGGAGCUGAUCCAUGUUUUCUAUCCAACAUUACAGAGCGUCACAGCAGAGCAGCUCACUGUGUGUAAUCUUUUGUUCAUCUUUGACGGCCUGGAUGAAAGCAGACUUUCAUUGGAUUUCACCAACAUGAAGCUAGUGUCUGAUGUCACACAGAAGUCAUCAGUCAGUGAGCUGCUGACAAAUCUCAUCGAGGGAAAUCUGCUUCCCUCUGCUCUCAUCUGGAUAACUUCCCGACCUGCAGCAGCCAAUCAGAUCCCUCCUACAUGUGUUGACAGGCUAACAGAAGUACGAGGCUUCACUGAUGCUCAGAAGGAGGAGUACUUCAGAAGGAGAUUCAGUGAUGAAGAGCUGUCCAGCAGAAUCAUCUCCCACAUGAAGACAUCCAGGAGCCUCCACAUCAUGUGUAGUAUCCCAGUCUUCUGCUGGAUCACUGCUACAGUUCUGGAGCACAUGUUGACUACAGAGCAGAGAGGAGAGCUGCCCAAGACCCUGACUGACAUGUACUCACACUUCCUGCUGGUUCAGACAAAGAGGAAGAAGAACAAGUACCAUGAGGGACAUGAGACGAGUCCACAGGAGCUGAUGGAGGCUGACAGGGAAGUUCUUCUGAAGCUGGGGAGGCUGGCGUUUGAACAUCUGGAGAAAGGGAACAUCAUGUUCUACCAAGAAGACCUGGAGCAGUGUGGUCUGGAUGUCACAGAGGCCUUGGUGUACUCAGGAGUUUGUACAGAGAUCUUCAAAAGAGAGUCUGUGAUCUUCCAGAAACCAGUUUACUGCUUUGUUCAUCUGAGCAUUCAGGAGUUUCUGGCUGCAGUCUACAUGUUCCACUGUCACACCAACAGGAAGUCAGAGGUGCUGAAGGACUUCCUGGGAAAAACAUGCAAGAAGUCAUCUCUGGAUGAUUUUCUCAAGCUAAUCAUAAAGAAAUCCCUCCAGAGUAAAAAUGGCCUCCUGGACCUGUUUGUUCGCUUCCUUCAUGGCCUCUGUCUGGAGUCCAACCAGAGACUCUUAGGAAGUCUGCUGGGUCAGACAGACAACAGUUCAGAAACCAUCCAGACAGUCAUCAACAACCUGAAGAAGAUGAACAGUGAUAAAAUCUCUCCUGACAGAAGCAUCAACAUCUUCCACUGUCUGAUGGAGAUGAACGACCUCUCAGUACACCAGGAGAUCCAAGAGUUCCUGAAGUCAAAGAACAGAUCAGAGAAACUCUCUGAGAUCCAGUGCUCAGCUCUGGCCUUCAUGCUGCAGAUGUCAGAGGAGGUUCUGGAUGAGUUUGACCUGCAGAAGUACAACACAUCAGCAGAGGGACGACGUCGACUGACUGCAGCUGUGAGGAACUGCAGAAAGGCUCGAUUGUGUAAGUGUGGACUCUCAGAGACUCACUGUGAAGUUGUGGCCUCAGCCCUGAAGUCCAACCCCUCCCAUCUGACAGAGCUGGACAUGAGUAAGAACAACCUGCAGGAUUCAGGUGUGAAGCUUCUGUGUGCUGGACUGGAGAGUUCAAACUGUCGACUGGUGACUCUGAGGUGA